AUGGCCGACAUGAGCGGCGAACAGAUGCAGGCCAAGAUCACGGCCGCCCGACGCGAGGCUGAGGGUUUGAAGGACAAGAUCAAGCGCAGAAAGGAUGAGCUGGCCGACACCUCUCUUCGUCAAGUCGCGCAAAACCACGCCGAUGCCCUACCACGAAUUGGAAUGAAGCCCCGACGCACGCUUAAAGGUCACCUCGCCAAGAUCUACGCCAUGCACUGGUCCACUGACCGACGCCAUCUCGUCUCCGCCUCGCAAGAUGGAAAGCUCAUCAUUUGGGAUGCCUACACUACGAACAAGGUCCAUGCGAUUCCCCUGCGCUCCUCCUGGGUCAUGACUUGCGCCUACGCCCCGAGUGGCAACUACGUCGCUUGCGGUGGUCUCGAUAACAUUUGCUCAAUUUACAAUCUGUCUUCGCGUGAGGGCCCAACCCGUGUCGCGCGCGAGCUCUCGGGGCACUCGGGAUAUCUCUCCUGCUGUCGCUUCAUCAACGAUCGUCGCAUCAUCACCUCCUCCGGCGACAUGACCUGUAUGCUGUGGGAUAUUGAGUCCGGAACCAAGGUUACCGAGUUUGCCGACCACCUCGGCGAUGUGAUGUCGAUUAGCAUCAACCCAACAAACCAGAACAUCUUCGUCUCCGGUGCUUGCGACGCUUUCGCCAAGCUUUGGGAUAUUCGUACCGGCAAGGCCGUUCAGACAUUCGCCGGCCACGAGUCCGACAUCAAUGCCGUCCAAUUCUUCCCCGAUGGCAACGCCUUCGGAACCGGUUCCGACGACACUUCUUGCCGCCUGUUUGAUAUCCGCGCCGACCGUGAACUCAACACUUACCAGAGUGACCAAGUUCUUUGCGGUAUCACCUCCGUUGCAUUCUCAGUCUCCGGUCGCUUAUUGUUUGCCGGAUACGACGACUUCGAGUGCAAGGUAUGGGAUGUUCUGCGUGGAGAUAAGAUUGGUUCUUUGAGCGGCCACGACAACCGUGUGAGCUGCCUUGGUGUCAGCAACGACGGCAUCAGUCUGUGCACUGGAUCUUGGGAUUCUCUCCUCAAGGUCUGGGCCUGGUAA